AUGAGUGUAAGUGUUGAGCAAGAGGCAUUCGAAAUGCCAUCGGAUAACAAAAAAGUGUUGCUCAAAAUUGACGAUGUUAAUUUGCAUUCUUGCGGAGUAUUCAGUAAUGUUUAUCGGUAAGCGAAAAAACAGUAGAACUUUCAAAACGGAAUUAAUUUAGGGGAAAUCUUCGAGAACCGUGUGAAAAGAAAAUUGCAAUCAAGAAAACGUGGCCGGAAAAAGGCGAACGAAAUUUCGAAUUCAUAUUUUUGACAGGAAGAGAACGAGUAAAACAUAAGAAUAUAAUUCAAAUGAAUUAUGCGUUUAGUCAUAAUUAUGGAAACAAAAUUUGUGAAUCCUAUGUUUUUGAUUAUAUGCCAAAUACAUUAUAUGAUGUUAUAAAAUUAACAUUGAAUGAUUUGGAUAUUCGUUUGUAUACUUGGCAAAUUUUUGCGGGAUUGAAAUAUUUGGAAGAACAUUGUGUUGUGCACAGAGAUUUGAAACCGGUUAAUAUUCUCAUUGAUCAUGAUUCAGGAAAUUUGAAAAUCAGUGAUUUCGGCUCAUCAAAAGCCUUGGUUCGCAACAAACAAAACAAUCAUUAUCAAGUGACACGUUUCUAUCGUCCACCUGAAUUAUUGCUGAAAUCAACAGAUUAUGAUUGGACAGUUGAUAUUUGGUCAGCUGGUUGUUGUGUUGCUGAAAUGAUUCGAAAGAAUGUUGUAUUUCCGGGACGCGAUUCAGCACAUCAAAUGAAAUUAUAUUGUAGAUGUUUUGGUGUUCCAAGUGAUUCAGAAAUGAAAGCGAUGAAAGCGGAAGAUACUCUUGAUUUAGAUGUUGUCAAAUAUGAAAAAGGAUGUGGAUUGAAGAAAUUAUUGGCUGAUUCGACGGCGGAACAAAUCACAUUUUUGAAUCGGGUUUUGGUUUAUUCGCCAGCGAAACGAUUGAAAGGUCCAGAAUUAUUGAAGGAUGAAUUUUUCAAACCCUUGUUCAAGUAGGUUUUAGAGAUUAUAAACUAUGAAAAAUGGAUACAGUAUUUUUCGGGAAUUUCGGGUCAUAGAAGAUUUUAUAGUAAAUCGAGUUCUAUUUCUGAUAUUCAAUUUUUUUUCAAAUUAUUUCGAUUCAAUAUUUUUGUAGAUCUGGUGCAACGCGUUCAAAUGAUAUUCCAAUUUCUUCAAUCAUCACUCCAUCCGAUUAUAAACAAGCAACAGAACCAGAGAAUUCAACAGUUUCAAAAAGAUUUGCACUUAUAUCACUUUACAAAAAACCGACGGCUCUACAAGGAAUACCAAUUUGUGAAAAGAGUACUUCAUUUGAAAAUAUACCAAAUCGUCGAUCAACUUUGAUUCCAAAAGAGCAAAAAAUGGCGAGAGAUCAGAAAUCGAAAGAAGAUUUAUCGAGAGAAGAAAUUGUUGGAAAGAGACAAUUGGGAAAUAAGGAUAAAAGUGAUGAGAAAAUUAUUGUGAAAAAACUUGGAUCAAAUGAGAAGAGCUCUUAUAAUCAGAAAACUCAACGUUGA